AUGGCAAAAAGCAUUCUGAACGGUGAACCGGACCCAGAUGAACAUUACGAAAACGAUGAAGACAGGUGGGCUCAGCGGAUGGCAGCACGCGCAUGGGCAAUCUUGUCUUUGGUGGUGGGGGCUCUUCUCAUCAUUGUGGCGAUGUUCGGAACAAAGUCCGAGGCUAUUUACCUGAUGGACAAGGUGGUGCGGCUCGAUACUGCCGGCCCUUUCGGCAGCGAGAUGGAUGGGGCUUCACAUGUGCUAACCACCAUGUCAUUAGUACAGCUGCUUCUCUUCGUGGGGUUGCUGGUAGUGGUGACGAGCUUGCUUGGCAUCACUGCUACCCAAGGACGGCACAAGUGCAUGGCCGCAAUUUACGCAUUCGCUUCUGCCUCCUGCGCGGGAGUCAUGUUGAUGAUGUCCAUGCAAAUCUUGCAGAGAAUCCAAGUGACCCAGCCGAUGAUGGGACGCCAAGUUCAGCACUUGUGCGAUGCCACGACAUACAUCCAGUUGGGAUCAGCCCUGCAUUGCCAUUGGGCGUCAAAGUAUGGAGAGGUGCCACCAUGCGGUGCUUCCUGCAGUUGGAAGGUGGCAAUAUUAGAAAAGGGGUGCUGGCUAAUGCCAGAGCUUUGCGAAAGCUUUUCUUACGAUGUUCGUCCUGUGGAGAAUUGCACAAGUACAGUGGGUUUGGCUGCCGGGUCUCAGCCCUUGGUGUCAUCUUUGUCUUCAGGGGCUUGCAGGAAAGCUUGUGAUGCAGAUAUCAAGUGCAAGGACUUCGCACACAGUAGUGCCACAACGGCUCGACCAGAGGUGUGCCUUCUCUUCUCUGGGACAGUGCAACUGCACAAGGCGCCAGAAUGGGCAUUGGUUCAGCCAUCUCAGGUGCCAUCUUAUUUGCAGGGUGAGACAAGCUGCUGGCAGCGUGCCGAUCCUAUGGUGCUGACAAGGUUUGGAAGACGGAACUUGCUUUUGGCCAUCAGCACCAUUGUUUUGGCGCUGGUUUUAGCA